GGUUUUCCAGUUUGGCUAAAGUAUGUUCCUGGAAUUAGCUUCAGGACAGAUAAUGAACCAUUUAAGAUUGAGAAUGAAUAUGGACCAGUUGAAGAAUUGAUGAAUGAACCUGGCAAAAUGUACACCGAAUGGGCAGCAAAAAUGGCUGUGGGUCUCGAAACAGGAGUUCCAUGGGUAAUGUGUAAGCAAGAUGAUGCUCCAGAUCCAAUUAUUAAUACCUGCAAUGGUUACUAUUGUGAUUACUUCUCUCCCACAAAGACUUAUAAGCCUACUAUGUUUACUUCAUUUGGUAAUCCAAUCCCAACUCGCCCGGUUCAAGAUCUGGCAUUUUCGGUCGCUAAAUUCAUUCAGAAGGGUGGAUCGUUUAUCAACUAUUAU